AUGUGCUUCGGACGUGUACGUGGUUAUUACCACUACUUGGAUGAUCGAUUCACUGAUUUUAGCAUAUAUGUUGAUGAGAAAGUUAAUGAGAGAACACUCUUAGAUAUUCCAUUAGCAUUUUGGCGUUGGUUCAAAUUUCUUGUUUAUGUACAUUUUUGGAUUGCAAUCUUUCUAUUCGUAUACGGCGUGUUAUGUUUUUGCCUUGGGGUUCAGUAUUCAUUCUACUAUACGGAGGUGAACUGCGGCGAUGGUCUCAACGUUUGGCCGCCCGCAAUUAAUUUGAUCGCUUCCGUAUUUGGUAUGGUCACGUUACGUACACUACAUAUCCGAUGGUCAGCAUUCAUUCAUUUGAUAUUAUUAGUUACAUCGCUACCAUUUGUAAUUGCAACUAUCAUCAGUUCUUCUCUGGCUGUUGAAAGAUGGGAAAAACAGCCAUUGAUCACAGCUCCACCGGUACUGAGACCGCCAACAAUCAAUCCUUUGCCUACGUCAUCAUUUCCUGAUGAUUACAUUGAUGAAGGAACACAUUACGCUAAAAUUCCUCAAUGGAAGAAUGCCUUUAUUGGCAUUGACGGUGGACUAGCUUUACUUUCCGUUCUCAAUCUGAUUACAAUCAUAAUUCUACUGGUAUUUUAUGGAGUAUGGUGGGUUCGAAGAGCAAACACACCCGGUAUGGAUGCUUAA